AUGAUUUUAACAACAUUUAUUAUAUUUCUAUCGUUCCUGGCUCCUUCCAAACAGUCAAGGAUCGUCAUCGAUAGCAUUAAAAUAAGGCAUUUGAGGAAAAACGAUUUUGGAUUGAUUUUUGAUGCUUUAAUAUCAAAUAAAGGUUCAGAACCUAAGCAAACGUUAAAUUUUGACAUUAUAUCUGACAAAUGCUGCUUAUUGAUUAAUGGAACUUAUGAAUGUGAUACACAGAAUGCGUACGGCGUGAAGAUAUCAAAUUUGGAACCAGACAAGCAAAUUCCAGUGUCCUUAUUAUGGCCAACGUUAAUUCUUUAUAAUCGAGUCGGUAACUGCACAAUUAACGCAAUUUCUCAUCGUGCUGAUGGAACUCACGUUGAUGACACGCGAAUGAUUCAUUUUAAUACAACAAUUACUACAGACAAGAUUCGUGACUUUAUGUUUUAUUAUUUUAAUGACAUGAAAGAUAAAUUUGGGUACCAAAAAUGUGAUUUUGAAGACUUGAAUCCGUUCAAUAAAUGCAAGCCAAUUGAUUGCGAAUUAAAGUAUUUUGGGAAGCGAAAUUACUUCCAAAACCCACAUUGUGUGCCUGUAAAAGUUUGUGAAAAUGAUCCGAAUGUGAUUUAUGAUUAUGAAACAAACUCAUGUCGCAAUUUAAAGCAAGUUUUCUCAAUUGAUGAGCUUAAAACGAUGCAUGCUGGAAUAUUUAAUAAUUUUAUUGAAGAAACUAAUGAAACUGUAGAAAAAGUGAAAAUUGAUGAUCGAAGGAAAGUCUUGAAAAGGGUAAGAAGGAGCUUAAAUGAGAGUCAGACGUUCGCGGAUAUGAUUUUAUCGUCCAUGCUGUUUAUCAUAAAAAUCGUAAGUAUUCCAACCUUUUUAUGA